AUGUCGAUCACGAGCUCGCCCUCGGUGGUAUCGCAAAGCAUGCAACCGAGCGAGACGCUCUCGCGCAUCUUUACCGAGCUCAAGAGCCGCGACAAGGCGACGCGGGUCAAGGCCGGUAAGGAGCUCGGGAGCUUUGUAUCUUAUAUGGCGUCUGAGCUGAAAGGCGAGCGUCUGCAAGCCUUUAAUAACGAGCUGAAUCGGCGCAUCAUCGAGCUCACGCACAGUGUGCAUCCCGCGAGUAAGCUCGGCGGCAUUACGGCCAUCGAAAACUUUAUUGGCCUCGAGAGCGAGGACAACAGCGCACGGCUGUAUCGCUUCUACCAGUACCUCAAGCCGAAUUUGCCAUGCAACGAUUCGCAGGUCAUGAUCGCCGCGUCCAAGGUGCUCGGACGCGUGUCGAAACACGGCGGCCACUCGCUCGGCGACCAGUUCAUCGAGUUCGAGGUGCUGCGUGCGCUCGACUUCCUGCAGGGCGAACGCAACGAAAACGGGCGGUACGCCGCCGUGCUCAUCAUCAAGGAGAUUGCACGGAAUGUCCCGUACCUCUUCCACGCUUACGUCGGGCGUGUGAUUGACCAUAUUUGGGUGGCUCUGCGCGAUCCCAAGGUGGCUGUCCGCGAGGCGGCCGCCGAGGCGCUCGGCGCGUGCUUCCAGAUCAUUUCCGAGCGCGAAAAGCAGAUGGGCACGCAGGCCUACGAGACGAUUUACGACGACGCAGAACAGGGCCUGAAAGACGCAUCGGUCGACGCCAUUCACGGCAGUCUCCUCGCGAUCCUCAAGCUCCUGCGCCACUCGAAGUCGUUCAUGCGCACUCGACUGCACAGGACGUGCGAGCUGAUCCUGCGCCUGCAUCGCCACCGCGACCCGCUGAUCAAACGCACGGUCACCAACCUGAUCCCGGUGCUCGCCGCAUACGACCCGCAGUACUUUGCCGACGAGUACCUCGGGCCGGUGAUGCAGGCCCUCAUCGAGCAGCUGGGGCGCGAGCGCGACCGGUCGACCAAGGAGGCGUACUCGGACACGCUCGAGGCGAUCGGUCUCGUGGCGACCGCCAUGGGCAUCAAGAUGAAGCCGUACGUCGAGCCGAUCAUGCAGGCAGCGCGCGAGAGCCUCCUCAUGAAGGGCAAGAAAAACGCGCCGCCAGAGGCGCCGACGUUCUUCUGUAUCGGGCACCUCGCGACGGCUGUCGGCGAGCAGGUCGAACACGACGUGCACGACAUGCUCGACAUGAUGUUUGCGUGCGGCCUGAGCACAGCACUGGUCGCCGCGCUCGAGCAGAUCGUCCAAGCGAUUCCGGUGCUGCUCGCGAUCGUGCAGGACCGCCUCCUGAACAUGCUGUCGCACAUCCUGAUCGGCGUGCCGUACCGCCCGCUUGGCGCGCCACUCCCUCGCCGCGCGCCGGUCCUGCCGUUUGUGAUCAACACGCAGCCAGACGCACGGGGCAUCGAGCUGCUGACGAUCGCCUUGCAGACGCUCGGUACGUUCGACUUUAGCGGCCACAUUCUCAACGAAUUCGUGCGCAACUCGACGCUGCCCUACCUCGAGCUCGAGGCGAAAGAAGUGCGCAAAGCCGCGGCAGUGACCUGUGCGCACAUGUUUGUCAACGACCCGAUCUGCUACCAGACGAGCAUGCACGCCAUCGAGGUGUUUAACGAUGUGCUCGACAAGCUUAUGACGGUCGGCGUUGCGGACCCUGACCCCGAGCUGCGGUACACGGUGCUGAGCGUGCUCGACGAGCACUUUGACCGCCACCUCGCGCAGACCGAGUACAUUCGCUCCAUCUUUAUUGCGCUCAACGACGAGGAAUUCAACGUGCGCGAGGUCGCGAUCGGCAUCCUCGGCCGUCUGGCCAAGCACAACCCUGCCUAUGUCAUGCCGUCGCUGCGCAAGGUCCUCAUUCAGCUGCUCACCGGCCUCGAGUACUCCACCGUGAGCCGCAACAAGGAGGAGAGUGCAAAGCUGCUCACCGGCGUCGUCAAGGCGUCGCAGCGCCUCGUCAAGUCGUAUGCGUUGACGAUGCUCGAAGUGCUUCUUCCCAAGGCGAACGAUGCAAAUCCCGGCGUCGCCGCGCGCGUGCUCGAGUGCCUGGGUGAGCUGGCGCGCGUCGGCGGCGACGAGCUCGCGCCGCACAUUGACGAGCUCGUGUCGCUCACCGUCGACCAGCUCUCUAGUGUGCCGGUGCACUCGUCGCUCGCCAAGCGCGACGCGGCGCUCAAGACGCUCGGCCGCAUCGCAAGCAACACCGGACACGUCGUGAACCCCUACCUCGAGUACCCCAACCUGCUCGGCGCGAUGGUCAAGAUCCUCAAGACCGAGCAGGCGCCGCCGGUGCGUCGCGAGACGAUCCGUGUGCUGGGUAUCCUCGGCGCGCUCGAUCCGUACCGCCACAAGCUCCUCGAGCACCACCUGGAUACGAACACGGUUGCGGCGACGGCCUCGGGGCAGCAGACGGACCUCUUUGAGCUGGCGACCAUGAUCGGGACAAGCAGCGACGAGUACUACCAGAACGUGGCGAUCGAGUCGCUGAUCGCGAUCCUCAAGGACCCUGCGCUCUCCGCGCACCACCACGCGGUGAUUGAGGCGAUUAUGUACAUGUUCAAGACACAGGGGCUCAAGUGCGUCACUUUUCUGCCGCAGAUCAUCCCCGCGUUCCUCAAGGUGAUCCGCACGUGUGGCUCGGGUCUGAGCGAGUUUUACUACCAGCAGCUCGCGAUUCUCAUCUCGAUCAUCAAGCAGCACGUCCGCAACUACCUGCAGGAUAUCUUUGCACUCGUGCAGGAGGAUUGGAAUCCCAACUCGUCGAUCCAGCUGACGAUCGUUGCGCUGAUGGAGGCAAUUGCGCGGGCGCUGGAAGGCGAGUUCAAGGCGUUCCUGCCGCAGCUCCUGCCGAACCUCUUGCAGACGCUCGAGGGCGAGGUCACGCCCAAGCGGCAGCCGACGCUCUUGCGCAUGCUGCAGGCGCUCUACGUCUUUGGCGCAAACCUCGAGGAGUACAUGCACCUGGUCCUGCCGGUGAUUGUCGCGCUGUACGAGCGCGCCGACGCGCCGCUCGCGGUGCGCCGCGCAGCGAUCAUCACGGUCGGCCAGCUCUCGCGCAAGGUCAACUUUGCUGACCAGUCCUCGCGCGUGAUCCACCCGUUGAUCCGCGUGCUCCAGUCGAACGUGCCGGAGCUGCGCAUGCCCGCGAUGGAUACACUCACGGCACUGGCCUUCCUCAUGGGCCCGACGUACGCAACAUUUGUCGCGGUGAUCAACAAGGUGAUGCUGCAGCAGCGCAUCUCGCACUCGCGCUACCAGCAGGUGGUCAACAAGAUCCUCGCAGGCGAGAAGCCCUCGACGGAGCUCUUGCCGCCAGAGAUGCAGCAGCUCGACAAGAGCGAGGACGCACCGCUUGCCGAGGCGUCCAAGAUGGCCGUGCACCAGCAGCACCUCAAGCUCGCAUGGGACACGUCGCGCGUUUCCACCGCGCAGGACUGGCGUGAGUGGCUGCGCCGCAUGGCGGUCGAGUUCAUGCGCGAGUCGCCUUCGCACGCGCUGCGUGCGUGCCGCAGCCUCGCCGAGGUGUACCACCCUCUGGCGCUCGAGCUGUUCAACGCGGCGUUCGUCUCGUGCUGGGUCGAGCUGUACGACAGCUACCAAGAGAGCCUCGUGCGUGCGAUCGAGACGGCGCUCGACGCGCAAGACAUCCCCGACCAGGUCGUGCACACGCUGCUGAACCUCGCCGAGUUUAUGGAGCACGACGACAAAGCGCUCCCGAUUUCGAUCCGCCUCCUGGGCGACCGCGCGUACAAGUUCCACUCGUACGCCAAGGCGCUGCACUACAAGGAGGCCGAGUUCAUGGGCGAGCCUUCGCCGCAGAUCGUCGAGCUGUUGAUCGACAUCAACACCAAACUCCAGCAGUCGGACGCCGCGUUCGGUGCACUGACCUACGCGCGCGAGCACAUGCACAUCACGCACCACGAAGAGUGGUACGAGAAGCUGCACCGCUGGGAAGAGGCGCUCGCCGCGUACGACCGGCGCGCCAAGGAGCAGCCUGACAACCUCGAGACGGUCUUUGGCAAGAUGCGCUGCCUGCACGCGCUCGGCGAGUGGGAGUACCUCACCGAGCUCGUUCAGGAAAAGUGGCCGCUUGCUUCGCCCGACGGCCGCCGGCAGAUGGCGCCGCUCGCGGCGGCCGCUGCGUGGUCGUUUGGGCAGUGGGACAUGAUGGACGAGUUUAUUGCCGCGAUGCGCCCCGACUCGUCUGAGCGCUCCUUCUACCGCGCCGUCUUGGCGGUGCAUCGCUCGCAGCGUGUCCAGACCAAGCGCCUGAUUGUGCGUGCGCGCGACGCGCUCGACCAAGAGCUCACCGCGCUGAUCAGCGAGAGCUACGGCCGUGCCUACGACCUAAUGGUGCGCACGCAGAUGCUCUCCGAGCUCGAAGAGGCGCUUGCGUACAAGCUCGACUAUGCCGACCAGCCCGACCGCCAGGCGACGAUGCGCUCGAUCUGGAUGAAGCGUCUGCAAGGGUGCGAGCUGGACGUCGAGGUCUGGCAGCGCAUCCUCUCGGUGCGCAGCAUUGUCAUCACGCCGGCGGACGACACAGAGACGUGGAUCAAGUUUGCGAAUCUUUGCCGCAAGUCGGGCCGCAUGGUCCUUGCCGAAAAGACGCUCAAUUCGCUCCUCGGCCCCGAUGCAAACGCGGGCCAGAUGGAUGCGUCGACGCUCGGCCCCAAGGCGCCGCCCGCGGUAAUCUACUCGCACCUCAAGUUCAUGUGGGCGUGCGGUGCAAAGAGCGAGAGUCUGAACUACCUGCGCGAGUUCACCUCAAACCUCGCCGAGGACCUCGGCAUGGCGACCGUCGACGAGCAGGAGAAUCUGGUCCUGCCCGAUAUCCGUGCGUCACCGCGCCUUGCCGAGUUUGCAAGGCUGCUUGCGCGCUGCUACUUCAAGCUGGGUGAGUGGCAGGUGGCGGUGAACGACGACUGGGUCAUGGACGAUACCUACGACGUGAUCCACUCGUACAAGCGCGCCACCGAGCUCGACCGCGACUGGUACAAAGCGUGGCACGCGUGGGCACUCGCCAACUUUGAUGUCAUUACGCACCACGAGCGGCGUGGCGAGGCAAUUCCCUUCCACGAGGUCGCGGCGAGCAUCGUGCCGAGUGUACGUGGCUUCUUCCGCUCGAUUGCACUCGCGAGCGGCAACUCGCUGCAGGAUACCUUGCGUCUGCUUACCCUCUGGUUCAAGUUUGGGCACCUCGAGCACAUUGCCGACGCCGUGCGCCAGGGCUUCUCCACGGUCACGGUCGAUACCUGGCUGGAGGUCAUUCCCCAGAUGAUUGCGCGUAUUAGCGCGCCCAGCCCCCGCGUGCGCCGCCUGAUCCAUCAUCUGCUGGCGGAUGUCGGCACGGCGCAUCCCCAGGCGCUCGUCUACCCCCUGACGGUCGCGACCAAGUCGCCGAGUGCGAUGCGUAUGCAGGCGGCCAUGGGUAUCAUGGACACAAUCCGCGAGCACAGUCCGGUGCUGGUCGAGCAGGCGCUGCUGGUUUCGAACGAGUUGAUCCGCAUUGCGAUCCUCUGGCACGAGAUGUGGCACGAAGGCCUCGAGGAGGCGUCGCGUCUCUACUUUACCGAGCACAACAUCGAAGGCAUGUUUGCGACGCUUGGUCCGCUGCACGACCUGCUCGAAAAGGGCCCCGAGACGCUGCGCGAGACCUCCUUUGCCCAGACGCACGGCCGUGAUCUGAACGAGGCGCGCGAGUACGUCCGCCGCUACCGGCAGUACGGCGAGAUCAGCGACCUGAACCAGGCCUGGGAUCUGUACUACCACGUCUUUAAGCGCAUUACGAAGCAGCUGCCCGCCUCUAACUCGGUGCAGCUUGCGCUGCAGUACGUCUCGCCGAAGCUCCUUGCCCUGCGCGACCUCGAGCUCGCGGUGCCCGGCAGCUACGUGAGCGGGCAGCCGAUUGUGCGCAUCAUGCAAUUUGAGCCAAUCGUGCUGGUCAUCUCCUCGAAGCAGCGCCCCCGCCGCCUGAAGAUGAAAGGCAGUGACGGCAAGACGUACCAGUACCUCUUGAAAGGCCACGAGGAUAUGCGCCAGGACGAGCGUGUGAUGCAGCUCUUUGGCCUGGUUAACACCCUUCUCUCGAUCGAUACCGAGUCGUACAAGCGCCGCUUGAGCCUGCGCCGCUUCCCGGUGAUUCCCCUCUCGCCCAACACCGGUAUGCUUGGUUGGGUCGCCAACAGCGACACGCUGCACAUCCUCAUUAAGGAGUACCGCGAGCAGCACAAGAUCCUGCUGAAUAUUGAGCACCGCCUCAUGCUGCAGAUGGCGCCGGACUACGACAACCUAACGAUCAUGCAAAAGGUCGAGGUGUUUGAGUAUGCACUCGACAACACCCCGGGCCAGGACCUGUACCGCGUGCUCUGGCUCAAGUCGCGCUCGUCCGAGGCGUGGCUCGAGCGCCGCACCGCCUACAUGCGCUCGCUCGCGACCUCGUCGAUGGCCGGCUACAUUCUCGGCCUCGGCGACCGCCACCCUAGCAACCUCUUGCUCGACCGCAAGACGGGCGAGGUGAUCCACAUCGACUUUGGCGACUGCUUUGAGAUCGCGUGCCACCGGCCCAAGUUCCCGGAAAAGGUGCCUUUCCGACUCACACGCAUGCUCAUCAAGGCGAUGGAGGUCGGCGGCGUCAAGGGCACGUUCAAGGUCACCGCCGAGAGCACAAUGCGCGUCCUGCGCGACAACCGCGAGAGCGUACUGGCGCUGCUCGAGGCGUUUGUGCACGACCCCCUCAUCUCCUGGCGUCUGGUGACCGACGUGGACACCGAGCAGCGCGCGCCGGACGCGCAAGAGAACGAGUCGUCCACCUCGAUCCGCGGCGACGAGGGCAUCGCACGCAACCAGCGCGCGCUUGAGGUGGUGAAGCGCAUCCAGAACAAGCUCACGGGCCGCGACUUUAACCCGAACCUCUCCUUGACGGUCCCAGAGCAGGUGGAGCGCCUCGUGCAGGACGCGACCUCCGUCGAGAACCUCUGCGUCGCGUUCAUUGGCUGGUGCGCUUUUUGGUAG